GAGCAAAGUAAUAUUGACAAUUGAAAGAGCAGGAUUAUAGCAUCAUACACAAAAUAUAAAACACAAAGAUGGUCAAACUCACACAACUUGAUGAAAACAACCAGCCAGUUGAAGACUCUGUGCUUAAUGAUAAUGACUUUGAAACCACCUCUGAAUCAGAUAGCGAAAAUUCCGAAGCCGAUUCUGACGAUGAUGAUUUUGAUAUAGAAAACGAAACCAUUUUAGACAGAAUUGUUGCAUUAAAAGAUAUUAUUCCAAUUGAACAAAGGUCUAUCAUAUCCGACACAACUACAGGCUUGUAUUCAUUUUUAUCUAAUGGUAUUAGCAAAACUGGUAAUUUAUUGUGGAUAAUUACCUCUUCAUGUUUAUUAUUGGGAGUUCCAUUAAGUUUAUCGAUUUUAAGUGAGCAACAAUUAUUAGAAAUGGAAAAGGAAUUCAAUUUACAACAGCAAACUAAUGAUGUUUUAGCACCAGGUUCCACUAAUGAUGCUUUCCAACCUCUACCAUCUCAACCUGCUCAUUAAUUCUAUUAAACUUUAUUGUAUUUUUUUUUCGAUUUUUUCUCUACCUUUUUUUGGAAUAUUUUUAUUCUCUUUCAAUUUUUCAAUUUUUUUUUGAAUGUUCUUUUCCCG